AACCUCUUCCUAAACCUCUCUUUAUAUAUAUAAAAAUUAUAACUAUUAGGGUUCCGGUCACCGCCUUCAACUCUUACCUCCUGUGUUACCUCCCGGCAAUGGGAUUGGGGCAAUGGCGGGGACCAGGUGAGAGACGGUGAGCUCACCGCCAUGCCAGAGCUUCUCCUGGUGUUCGUCUUUGCCCUUCUCUUCGGGUCGCCGGCGCCGGCGACGGCCCAGAACCUCACGUCCGGCACCGAUCUCGCCGCACUCUUUAGCCUUCGUUCAUCGCUAGGGCUCCGUGCGCGAGACUGGCCUCGCCGCUCCGACCCCUGCUCGACGUGGACUGGUGUUUCCUGCCGUGGAGGCCGCGUUGUCGCUGUGAACGUCUCCGGCCUUCGCCGGACUCGACUUGGCCGGCUUAACCCCCGGUUCGCCGUGGACGGGCUGCGCAACCUCACUCGUCUUCAGUCCUUCAUCGCCUCCGGGUUUCUUCUCCCCGGCCGGAUCCCGUCCUGGUUUGGCUCUGGUCUCUCGAGCUCUUUCUCCGUUCUCGUUCUCUCCGCCGCUUCCGUCACCGGCGACAUCCCUCCGAGCCUCUCCCAGCUUUCCAAUCUCUCUUCCCUCGACCUAUCCUCCAACUUUCUCUCUGGUUUGAUCCCUCCCGCUCUCGGAACCCUACCAAAUCUCCAAACCCUAACCCUCUCAUACAACAAUCUCACUGGCCAAGUUCCCCCACAGCUUGGCAACCUCUCCGGCCUCUCUUCUCUUGAUCUCAGCUUCAAUUCCCUUCUCGGUGCUAUCCCAGACGACCUCAAGAAUCUCAGAAGCUUGCGCAGCUUGGAUCUCGCCGGCAACUCACUCUCCGGGUCUCUUCCAAGUGCUCUCUUCUCCGGCCUCUUGUUUCUCCAGUCUGUGAUCAUUAGUCGGAAUAACUUCUCCGGAGCUAUCCCGGCUUCAUUCUGGUCUCUCUUGGGGCUUGAAUUUGUUGACCUCUCACACAAUAACCUCACUGGAACCCUUGAGGACAUUCCUCUGGCCAAUGCCAGUGCGGGUGCCAAUGUUUCUAGAGCUGCCUUCAAUCUCUCCAACAAUCUGUACUACGGGCAUGUCCCUUCUGGGUUUAAUACCCUCUUUGCAAAGUAUGUUUUGGUUGAUCUCUCUGGAAAUUACUUCCAGGGCUCAGAGCCCGCCGUGGAUUCAACAAAGAAUGUGUCUUUCGCUGGGAAUUGUCUCCGGGGUCCACCUGGCCAGAGGAGUGUCUCAGAGUGUCAGCAGUUCUAUGCGGCGAGAGGUCUUUCUUUCGAUUUCCCUGCAGCCCCAACACCGGCUACACCACCCGUCGUCUCCCCGGGAUCAAACCGAAAGAAGAGAGGAUGGAGUCUGAAGUAUAUAUUGAUUAGUGUUUUUGGCGGCAUUGUGCUUCUAGUACUUGUGAUUGUGUUUAUUGUGCUUUGCUUGAUGAGAUGUGGAGGCCAAGCUGCUGAACAGAGAGAGAGUGGUGCGAAUGCUGUGCCUUCGGGAGCUGGACCGCCUCCUUCUGGUGCCUCUGUUAACUUGUCGGCUGUCGGGGAUUCAUUUACUUAUGAUCAGUUGAUCAAAGCAACGUCAGAGUUUAGUGAUGAUAAUCUUAUCAAGCACGGGCACUCAGGAGAUCUCUUUCAUGGUAUCUUGGAAGGUGGGGUUCCCGUGGUGGUGAAGAAAAUUGAUUUGCGUGUUGUUAAGAAGGAAGGCCAUGCCAUUGAAUUGGAUGUUUUUGCUAAGGCUUCACAUUCAAGACUGGUCCCAUUGUUGGGGCACUGUUUGGAUAAUGAGAAUGUGAAGUUUCUUUUGUAUAAAUUUAUGCCCAACAGAGAUUUGUCUAGUGCGUUGUACAGAAAGAACGAGUCGGAAGAGGAGGGUUUGCAGUCUUUGGAUUGGAUAACAAGGUUGAAGAUUGCGACAGGAGUGGCUGAGGCUCUAUGUUUUCUACAUCAUCAGUGCGUGCCGCCCUUGGUUCAUAGAGAUAUUCAGGCAAGCAGCAUCCUUCUUGAUGAUAAAUUUGAAGUGCGGCUUGGAAGUUUAAGUGAGGUAUCUCCUCAAGAAGGGGAUGGUCACCAGAAGGUCAUCACAAGACUGCUGCGAUUUUCACAGACAUCGGAAGCAAGCUCAUCUGGUUCCCCUCCUUCAACAUGUGCAUACGAUGUAUAUUGCUUCGGAAAAGUGUUGCUUGAGCUGGUGACAGGUAAACUUGGGAUCAGCGGAUCUGAUAAUGCAAUGACAAAUGAAUGGAUGGACCAGACACUGCCUUACAUCAGCAUCUACGAGAAGGAACUUGUUACAAAUAUUGUUGACCCAUCUCUCAUUGUCGAUGAGGACCUCUUGGAGGAAGUAUGGGCCAUGGCGAUUGUGGCAAAGUCUUGCCUGAACCCAAAACCUUCGAAGCGGCCACUCAUGAGGUACAUCUUAAAAGCAUUAGAGAACCCUCUUAAGGUAGUGAGGGAGGAGAACGGUUCGGGCUCUGCCCGACUCCGUGCCACAUCAUCACGAGGCUCUUGGAAUGCUGCAUUGUUCGGAAGCUGGCGACACAGCUCCUCAGAAAUCCCUGUGCCACCGAGGGAGGACAAUACUUUAAAGAGGUCAGGAACAACGAGGUCUCAAGGGAGUUGCGGAGAGCACUCGUUCAACCACAAGAGACCAUCAAAAGAGAUCUUCCCCGAACCAUCAGGUGCUCGUGACACCAACGACUAAUGAGAGGUUUUCUUGUGAUUCUUUUUCAAAAUAAUUCUUCCGGGCACCCCAUUCGAGUGCCCGAAGGUCUUCCAGCCUCUGAUUCGCAGCUCAUCUUCUGCUGCAACUCAGAGUGUAAAGGCAAAUUAAGUGGAUUCAGAGUACAUUCAGUUCUGAUUCUUUUCUUUUCUUUCUCUGCCUGGAAUUGGAUUUUGAAAUUCAAAAAUGGUGGGAAGGGGGGGUCUUUCAGGCUGCACCACAGGGUUGAGUCCUGGUUUUACUGUUUUAGUCACAGUGAAAGAAAGAAUGUGACUAGAGAAAAUGCUUCUAAGUUAGU